GAUGCAAUCGGGCGCGGCGGAGGAACACGCCCCCUCAUUAGUAGGGCGGUCGGUCUUCGGCUCGUUGCCGUGGAGACGGCGGAGUGAGAGCCGCGCAGCGGGAGAGAAGUUACCGCUUCUGCUGCUUUUAACGGCAGGUGAUUCCUGUAGCCAGCUGUCUUCCACCAUGAAGGUCUCUGAUUGAAACUGAGCACGCUCAGACGCUCAGUGUUCUCCUGUAAGCUGCCAGCUAUCAGCUGUCCUAACCAUGCCUGAAGACUAGAGCCCCCUCCUUGCUAAUAGCAUUAAAAAAAAUCUAAAAAAAAAAAAAAAAAUCUACAUGUCCCUUCAUGUAGCCCCCCCUCGUCCGUCCCCCUGGAGUGAGUGAGUCCACCCCUCACCAGGCCGCCCUCCGUCACCCUCUCGACCCCACCCGAGAGAAUGCCCCUGCACCUGAGAAUGGCCCCCACCUAAAGUUCCAUGCGUCCAGUCAGCGGAGAGUCGUCCGGUCCUGCCCCCCCCGAGAGCGUGUUGCGGCCCUUCCCUGUGCUGGGCUCGCUGCCCCCGUCGGAGAUGUCCCUGCUGCAGUCUCUGGGUCCAGUGCAGAGCUGGCUGGGCCAGGAGCUGGAGAAAUGUGGGAUAGACGCUAUGAUCUAUACCCGAUACGUCCUCAGCCUCCUGCUGCACGACAGCUACGACUACGACCUGCAGGACCAGGAGAACGACAUCUUCCUGGGGUGGGAGAAGGGCGCAGGGAAGAAGUGGGGGAAGAGCAGGAGGAAGACCGGGACGGACCUCAGUCUGGAGGAGAUGAAGAAGCAAGCCGCUGUGCAAUGCCUGCGUUCUGCCUCUGAUGAAAACUCUGGAAUUGAAAGCUUGGUUGAGGAGCUUUGCUCUAAACUCAAAGACAUUCAGAAUAAACAAAAAGAAUGCACUACUGUGAUUCAUUGUCUUGCAGAAAAAGAGAAGCAAACGAGUAAGAAGUCUGAUGGAUCUCGGUCUCCUGAAUUAGCUGAAUCACCUUCCUCUAAAGAUCAGGUGGAAAUGUACUAUGAAGCCUUUCCACCUCUCUCCGAGAAACCUGUUUGUCUGCAAGAGAUUAUGACGGUGUGGAACAAGGCUAAAGCAUGCACAUAUUCCAGCUCCUCCUCAUCCGCUGCCCCUCAGACUAGCACGGACACAUCCUCCCCGAAAGACUGCACCAGCGAAGGCGAAGUCUUCAAGGACAAAGGUUCUGAUGCAUUUAGCACCUCCGCAACUUCCGAGAAGGCUCAACAGCGGCGCAGCAAGAAAGAAAAAGAGAACCGAUACCACGUGGGCGCGACUGGGGUAUCCGAUGACCAGGUCGCCUACCAAAUCAAGAGGCAGGCCAGAAACCGAUCUGAUUUGGGGCACCGUCCUCGAUCCUGGUCCUCUGGCUCAAGUGAGGGAGGCUCAAGCUCCAGUGGUAACCAAGACACAAAGACCUCUAAUAGCAAAGGAGUCCGGAUUAGGCACAAGUCUCGCGAGGUUGGCAGCAGAAGCAAAAAGGGGCGAAGCAGUGGGCAAGUCAAACUGGCUCUGAAGGCUAUCGAUAAGGAAGAGCGUAGAAACACAGCAAGCAGUUGUGGCGCCGCUGAAGCCCCUUCAAGACAACAGCAGCAGCACUACACAAAAAAAGGCAAGAGGCCGCUGAGGGAGAUUCGUAAAGAUCCCAGCUGGGCUCAGGUGAAGGAGUCUGGAGGUGAGGCCGGUAACAAUAAGGAAUAUAUGGAAGAACCCCUUUGGUAUACCGAGCCCAUCUCUGAGUAUUUUGUCCCGCUAGGCCAGAGCAAACUGGAGACAAAGUACCGCAGCAAGCCAGACUCCCCCAACGACCUGGCCACGUCCAUCGACAUGGACUGUCUGUCUGAGAGGGUGCAAGGGAUCUGCAUCGCCAACUCCUUGUUUCAAAGGGCGUACCUUGCAGCAGGUACUUUCGUCGACGGGCACUUCGUGGAAGUGUCCGGUGAAGGAAACGAGGAGGCCACUGAACUAAACGGGACCUCAAGCUGCCCUCCUCCCGAGGAUGGUCAAGAUUUAGAUGAUGAGCAUCUGUCUGAAUUCACUCACUUCUAUGAAGUUGAUAUAUAUCAAUCCAUAUUGGAUCCUAGUGCCUCAGAUGCAGUACAAGAGAGCCGGAUCUUAAACAUGAUUCGGCAAAAGAGCGGCGAGCCAAGAGAGGUCGAGGCAGGGUGUCGCAUAGUUUUAGACGGCUUUGAGCUGCAAGGGGAAAGUGCAAUAAUGGUGGAUUGUUUGGGAGCUUCGGGAGCCGACGUGACCCUCACCCAGGACAUCGAGAACAUAGCUCACGUGUGGGAGUGCUGCUCGUCUUCUAGUUCCGAGGACUUGGAGGGAGAAAGCUGUGCGGGUGACUCUCCGGUAAGGCUCUCCCCGGUGCUGGGCAGCGUGCCGUUUAACAUUGGCAGGCUGCCUGGCGCUCUUGGGGAACCUCCUCUUCAAGAAACCAGUAGAAGCACGUCUGCCCUGAACUCCUGCUUCUCGCUUUUCGAGCUGCAGAGCGAGAGUUCUGCUUUCCCCUUUUCCUGCGACUCGCUCACGUCGAGCCGCGACAACAUAGAUUCAAGUAGCUGUCUAGAUCCCCUCGGAAACAAACAGUCCCGUUUGCUAAUUUGGACCAAAAACAGUGCCUUUGAUGAAACUGAACACUGCUCUAACCUCUCAACGAGGACCUGCAGUCCGUGGUCCCACUCGGAGGAGACUCGUUCAGACAGUGAGCAAGUGGGUGCUCCGGCAGACGAGUCGGCUCAGUUCGGCGGCGACGAGAUCGGCUGCGUAAUACCUCCGAUCCCAGCUUCGUAUCUGGAGGAGGAACUUCUGGAUUUUUUGCAGGAGAACCCAAGUCACCAGCAAGACGAAAUGAGUGUAGGCACGGCGUCCAACCAGACCUUCAACAAGGUGUCUAAACUGGAGUCUGUUUGUGGAAUAGCGUUAGAGCAGGACGAUAACAAACAGUACAGCACUGCUUUGUUCUCAGACGACUCAAACCAACAAAACGAUGAUUACAGCUCAGGAAUAAUAAAAGACAUUUGGAUGGCCAUUGGAGACAGAGAUUGCGUGUUGGCGCUUGGAGUGGAGAAGGCAGGUGAGAACUUGUUUUCAGAGGAGACUUCUAGCUACCAGUCCUGCUGUCUCGAUGUGGAGGUGAAGGGCGAGCCCAUCCAGAAGAAGGCCGUGCAGCGUUCAGAGUAUCACCUGUGGGAGGGUCAGAAAGAGGACCAGGGUCUAGCCAAAGGUAAAGUCUCCAAGAUAGAUGGAGGGGACUAUACGACACCUGCCAGACCUUGGGACAUUAAUUCAGAGAAGGACAAUACGUCGUUUAUUCUCGGAGGGGUGUACGGAGAGCUAAAAACCCUAAGCAACGACAAGGAAUGGGCUGUGGUUCCGCCCGACGAUGCUUGCGGCAGUCUGUUGCAGUGCGCAGCAGCGGCUUCCUCUUCUGAUGUGGUAACCAUCGCGGGGACGGAUGCAGUCGUGAACACGGGCAGUUGCUUCGCUCCUGGGCACAAGCCUCUGUGGAGACCUUUGGUGUCCUUUGGGCAGAACGAUCAGUCAACCAAAGGGACGGGGGAUGGGCUGAAUAAGGGAUUUUCCUUUAUCUUCCAUGAAGAUUUACUUGGAUCCUGCGGAGGCUACUGCGGAGAGGAGCAAGGACUGGACUACCCGUUUUCGUCCUUGGAUCUAAAUAACCCUUUUUCCCAAGUCCUGCAUGUGGAAUGCUCCUUCGAACCUGAAGACAUGGCUUCGUUCAGCCCGGGCUUCAAGCCGAAGUCUAUAUUGUGCUCGGAGUCGGACAACGAGCCCUUCUGUCCGCGGUUGUACGGAAUCAACCGCACUCAGUACCGGGCCAUCCGCAUUUCUCCGAGGACGCACUUCCGGCCGAUAUCCGCCUCUGAACUGUCUCCGGGUUGGUGCAGCGUGUCCGACGCAGAGUCCGAGAAAGAGGAAACAAGUCUUCCCGUUCCCGGUCAGACGGACCUCUUCGACGAUCCGCAGGCAGACCUCAAACCUCUGGAGGAGGACGCAGAGUGCGAGGGCCCUUACUACGGGAAGUCCGAACUGGAAUCUGGCAAAUUCUUACCCAGAUUAAAGAAGUCUGGCAUGGAGAAGAGUGCUCAGACUUCUCUGGAUUCGCAGGAGGGAGGGGGUACGUCCCUGCCGACUGCAGAACCGGAGAUUUGCUUGGAUUGCGAGAUUGCGGGAGCGUCUGCAGUGGCGUCCGAGGCCGGCUCUUGCGCAGAGUUGCCUACAGAUACGCCUGAGAAAGAAGAGUCCUGCGUAGAAAGAGAGACUUGCAGGUGUGAUGGGAAAAGCCAGAUUCCAGAGUUUGAAAAGUCAUACGAUGAGGCUCCUCAACAGUUACAUGAGUUUCCUCUGUUGAGUUUUGGAGAGCAGAGUUUGGGGAGGAGCCAGCAGGAGGAUUGCUGGUGGCAGAACUCGCUCUGUUCCCCCAUGUUUUCAGGGUCUCGAUGCACAGGCAGCAGUAACAUAUGAAUUUGCUGCCGAAGCGUCUCCACCGUCUUCUCCUCCUCUACUUCCAGUUUUCCUCAAUGAACCCAGCGGAGGAAGAGGAGGAUGAGGAGGGUCUUCAUCAGGACCGCAGCAGCAGCUUUCUGGUCCCGAGUCCCGAGUCCGGUUUCCUCCUCCUCAGCCGGGCCGACCCCCUCACCCCCCCCACCCUCUGAUACUGGUUCAGUUUCAGUUCACCCAGCCCUCCGUCAGCACAGUCAACCAAUCGGCAGCGAACAGAACCGGUGGGAGGGGCGUUUUGAUGCGAGGGCAUUUCUUCUUCUAGAUCUGUUUGAAGUCUGUGUGUUCCAGCAGUGUUAAUCAGUUCAGUUCUGAUGAGAUCAGUCCGUUAGCUGAUCAGGAUGAUCUUUAGUUGACAGUUCAGAGUCAGGUGAUGAUAACAGUGAUCUUUUACUUGAACCCCAUGUAAGGUUUUCUUCCCUAAUCUCCUCCUUCCUUUAUUUUUUCUUUUCUUUUUCUUUUUGACCUAGGAUAACUAGAGCUGUGGUGUCCCACUGAUUGUGCAUGUGGCUGUCACGCUAGUGUAACAGUGUAACUGCUCUAUGACCUCACCGUAACGUCCAGGAGAAACCAGGCCCAUCACCUCAUCCUCUCCUUUUACUCUUUAUUUUUGUAGGCCAAUGGUGGCCAAUCCAGGUCCAGAAUUGAUUGUCCACCCCAGGAUUUUGUUCUGACAGUCUGCUUAGCUCUGCUACAGGUCUAGAAUUUGCAUGAUCCACUCCAGGAUUUUGUUCUGACAGGCAGCCGAGCUUUUUAGCAGGUGCAGGUUUAGGUCCAGAAAUUGAUGAUCCACCCCAGGAUUUUGUUCGGACUGACUGCCUAGCUCUUUAGCAGCUGCAGGUUUAGGUCCAGGUUCAGAAAUAGAUGAUCCACCCCAGGAUUUUGAUCUGACUGCCUGUCUAGCUUUUUAGCAGCUGAAGGUUCAGGUUCAGGUCCAUGUCUAGAAUUUUGAUAAUCCAUUUCAGGAUUUUGUUCUGACAGGCAGCCUAGCUCUUUAGCAGCUGCAGGUUCAUGUUUAGGUCCAGAAAUUGAUGAUCCACCCCAGGAUUUUGCUUCAACUGUCUGGCUAGCUUAGCUACAGCAAAGGUAGAUGGGCAGCCAAUCAAACCAAUAUCUAAAAGUGUAAUUUAAAUUUCUGGGGAUCGUUUUAGGUUCUGGACCAUGAUUGGCCAUCUCUGCUUUUGGUCUUUACUCUGAGAGCGUGUUUAUAUGGUAGUAGUGUGCUUGAAUGUGUUGGGUCUCGGAAUGGUUUCUUUCCAAGUAUUCUAGUAAACCUAAACCAGCCACUUUUACUCAAAGUGGUCUUUCCCCUGUUAACACUCAGAACACAUCAUUUCAGAAGUCAGAGGUUGUUUAAGUUGGUUAGUGAAUAUAACAUACAGGCACAGAACCAGUCAAAAGUAUGGAAACAGCCCAAAUAUUCUUAUUAAAUGUGUUUUUUCUUUUAUUUGAUUGUUUUUUAUAUUGUGCAUUAAUAUUAAAGGCAUUAAAACUAUGAAGGAACACACAUGGGAUAUAUAUAUAUAUAUAUAAAUAUAUAUUUACAAUUAUGUAGUAAACAGUAAUAAAUGAACCUGAAUGUUUUAUUUCUUCUUAAGCUUCUUUAUAACAGUAGCAGCUUUAACUUUGAUGCUGAGCACUUUGUAGAUGCUUUAUCUAUCUUUUGUUAAACCCCCUAAACCCCUUAAACUUCACCCAAAACCAGCUUAGUCCUCCACAAUCACUAGACCUAAACCCAACUAAUUCAUUUAGUACUCAAUUCCAUAUAUGUUCCUUUAUAGUUUUAAAUAGUUUAAGUAUUAAUCGGCAAUGUAGACAACCAAAAUGUACAAUUUAACAAUCGCUGUCAUGCAAAAACCUUUUCUCAGUUUAAAUCUGCCAGUUCUUUAUUUCAUUACGAACGGACCAAAAGAAAGAUGAGAUAAGAUAAGAUAAGAUAUGGAUGUGCUGAUGAGAUCUGAUAACAUAAAUAAAAAUAAAAGUAAAUAAGUUGUGGCCACAACAUUGAUCUAAUGUGGAUCUAACAAGAUUUUGUUACCUUGUUAAAUUUUCUAAAUCGCGACUUCGUCUCAUUCCCACGCCUUGCUGAGUGCAAGUAAUUUUAAUUGGUUAAUAUGCGGGAUUGAGGAAUUUUGCGGAGCUUUUGCUGAAUUUUCUCGUUUUUGAGAGGUUUUUGUGUGACAGCUGUUUAAAAUAAAGAAUUAUUGAAUUAUUAAAUAUUGAAAGAAACUGGGGGAACGUGAAGGCGGGGAAAGUUUGCCAUUUGAGAAGUUUUGAGUUCAGUGUUUUGCAGUUUAAGCUUGUAUAUUUUAUAUAUAUAUAGUUCUAUAUAUUUUUUGUUUGUGUAAACUCUGUAGCGCGAAGCCGUGGGUGCUGUAGAUUCUUUAUUUACUCUUCUGUAGCGGCUGCAGGUGAGGGGGCGUGGCCGGGGUUUAUCAGAGGUUUCGUCGUUUUGUUCGGAUGUUCUGCGAUAAACUCGCGUGAGACUCCAUCGAAAUUGAUUAACGAAGUUUUAGCAAAGACCACGUGGCUUUUUUUUUUGUUUUUGGGUGGAAGAGCGUGACGGGCUACAGUAGCUUUACAGCAAUACUUUGUUUGUUUUAUUGAUUAGGAGGGUAUUAAUUGAUUUAAUUGAUCUCCUUCUCUUCUCCCAAAGCCCAAAGUGUUUUUUUCUGUCAGCUGAGGUGUAGUCUGAUUUAAUUUUGGUUUGGUGUAUUUUGUUUUGUUUUAUUUAAUUUAAUUUAUUUUUAUUUUAUAUUAUAUUAUUUUUUUUGUCCCACAAUUAUAAGCAAUAAAAUAAUACAAACACCAAGAGUUAAGAAAGGAUUAUAUAGAGGGUAAAAGGGAGAAUAGACACUACUACAGACUCUACAGUGUGUGGAUCCAAAAUUGGCGCAAAAAUGUAAAAUUUAGGAAGACGCAGUACGACGUUAAUGUACGAAUAUUUCAGGUGUGGUGUUUAAUUUUUUGUUUUGUUUAAGAAAAAAAUAACCUCUCCUGUUUUAAUUUUUUUUUUUUGUCGUUUUUCUUUGUGUUCUUUUGUUUCAUAGCGCAUCUACACUUCCUACAGAGUGAGAGUAUUAACGUGUGCUUAAAAAAAAAAAAAGUUGUCCGAAUGCGAAAGUACUAAAGUUGUGUGUUUUUAUAUAUAAAAAUCGGAGAUUAUAAGACCGAUACGCCUUGGUUGCGGCGGCCAGCAGUGGAUUAUCAGUAGUCGGUAGUUCGGCUGUGGCUGAAAGCCAAAUAGAUCUGAUUGGACGACUGGAUUGAUUGUGCGCUUGCUUGUUUUGUAUUGAGAUACGAAGAAAAUGGGAUGAUUUUCUUUUUUUUUUUUUUUUUUUUUUAAGUUUUAGUUAGUUUGAAAGUAACUAGAGUAACUAAACCCCUCCCCCACCCCAACUGUUCUCAUAAUCGUAAUCAAUCAUCAUCGCAGUUAAUCGGUUAUCAAUUAUCAGUUAUUAGCACACUACAUAUAGCAAAAAAAAAAAAAAAGAAUUGCACAAACGUACAAACUUAUGUACGUACGUAUAGAUAAGAUAGAUUCCCAUCCGAUUCGUAGAAACAUCGUCCGUCCGUUCUAAACGAGCCGAGCAGGGGCGAUGCAGCGCGUAACGACGUCUCAAACCUUUACCAACAUUUAAUAAAAUACAAAUAAAUAUAUAUAUAUACUACAGUAUGGUUUCAGAACUUCGUCCGAAUCUUCUGUGAUUUGCGUUUUACUUUAUGCCUGCGCCCCCUGGUGGCUGCAGAAGUGUGUGAGAAAUUGAUGGAUUUGGAAAAAAAAAUAGUAUUCGUUUUUUUUGUUUGUUUGUUUGUUUGUUUGUUUUCCAGCCUGAUUGAGCCACAAUACAGCACCAGUUUCACUGGUCCUUCAGCCUAAAACGGUUCUUUAUUUAUUAAAAUAAAAAUAAAAAAGCACUCUAAUUCAUUAAUUAAUAAUAUUUGAGCUUCCUUUACUUAAACAAGCAUUAUUGUUAUUAAUAUUAAUAUUAUCAAUAUUUAUCAGCACUGAUCUAAAGAUGCUGAUUAAUUUAAUUUUUGUUUUAAUUGUUCUAAUUAAUAAAACACUUCCUCACCGAACCCCCUUUGGCACUCAACCUCUGUUUUUUCCACAGAUGGUACCUGUAUUUAUAACACAGUCUAAAUAAGCAUUAUUUAUAUCAUUAUUAUUAUCAUUACUAUUAUUAUUAUUACUACAAGUUCUCAUAGAGAAAAUGAAAUAAAACAGACGAAACGUGAGCAGGGUUUAUUGAGUUUCAGUGAAGAUGCUGCACGAGGUCGUCGAGGUUUAAUAUGGUCAUAAAUUUAAUAAUUUAUUAAAUAAUUCUGCUUUGCUUUAACUGCGAGGAAAAAAAAAAACAACGUUUUAAAAAUGUAACAAAAACCUACAGACGAGUGUAAGUUUUAUUUUCUUUUGCUUUUAAGUAUUGCUGGUGUGUGUGCGUGUGUGUGUGUGAGUAUAUGUGGGUCCUCACAAAUGAGUUAAAUAAGAAAACCAUUAAAAAUGCAUUAAAAAACCUCAAACUAAUAAAAAUAAAAUAAUAGAAAUGGCGUCGCAGUGGAGCGCAGUGCUGGUGUGUGUGUGGGAGAUUGGAUUUAGUGUAGGCCUUUAAAUGCGUAAAUGCGUGUUGGGAGGAAGCGGACCAUUGGCCAGUAUACGUAAAUGCGUAUGCGGGGGAGGGGCCGCCGUGGUUAACGAGGUUUUAAACGUGGUUGAGCUGGGAUUGUUCUAUUCUCGAAGCUCCGAGAACCCAAAGGUUCUCCUGUUGUCCCUCCAUACUGUCUGUAACAGUCUUUUACACCCAUCCCACCACCUUCAUCACCCUCCCCAACACUGAGUCAUUACCUCAGCUCCGCCCACCCCGAUAUCCCCGCCCCCAAAAAGUGGAAAUAUUGUUCUAAUUCCAUAUUCAUCUCCAACAGGUUUUGUUUCAUUGUUGAGUUUCUAAAUCUCUAAUAAAGGAUUGAGUAUAAA